AUGGCAACAUCAAAUCGUUGUUCGAUAUGUCGAAAACGUGCAGGAACCUGCUUUUGCCUUGGAUGCAAAGCAAUUUUUUGCGACGAUGAUUUUCAUAAUCAUCGUGGACUCUUACUCAAUGAAUUAGAUGGGCUUACGGUAGAUCGAAAUGAACUUCAAGCAAAAAUCAACGAGGCCGCUUCAAAUAAAAAGUCUGACAAUCAGUUUCUUGCACAAAUUGAUGAAUGGCAACGCAAAACCAUCGAAAAGAUAAAAGCAGCUGCUGAAUUGAUUCGACAGCAGGUCUUCAAAAUAAUGAAUUCCAAACUGGAAGAAAUUACGGUACAGUUCCAAACACUGUCACAAGAAUUGCAAGAACUGCAAGAAACAAAAGGUGCUGUUGAACAGGAUUUAACAAGAUUGAAAGAAGAAAUUCGUCGACUCAAUGAAGAUUUACAACAAGCAGCUCAAUCACCAACAAUCUACCUAAAUACGAAACAGAGUGAUCAAAUCGUAUGGGAAGGCAUGAUAUAUAUCGAGGAAAACUCUGUAAAUCUUGUUAAUCAAAUGUGCCAAACAAAAUCAAUAGGUGACCACCAAUAG